UUGUGAUGCUUCCCAUGAGAUCCCAAACUCUUUCUCUCCUCUGGCUUUUCCAUCCUGGAUCUCUCCAUUAGUGACCCCAGCCAGGAAGUUGUCCACCCUUAACCUCUCUUGUCUGCCUCCCCCAGGGACCUGCCGCUAGCUGGAGACCACCAUGACGGACUCAAAGUACUUCACCACCACGAAGAAAGGGGAGAUAUUUGAGCUGAAAGCUGAACUCAACAGCGACAAGAAGGAGAAGAAGAAGGAGGCUGUGAAGAAGGUGAUAGCGUCCAUGACUGUUGGCAAAGAUGUCAGCGCGCUCUUCCCGGACGUGGUGAACUGCAUGCAGACGGACAACCUGGAGCUGAAGAAGCUGGUCUACCUCUACCUGAUGAACUACGCCAAGAGCCAGCCAGACAUGGCCAUCAUGGCAGUCAACACCUUCGUGAAGGACUGUGAGGACCCAAACCCUCUGAUCCGGGCUCUGGCUGUGCGGACCAUGGGCUGCAUCCGUGUGGACAAGAUCACGGAGUAUCUGUGCGAGCCCCUGCGGAAGUGCCUGAAGGACGAGGACCCGUACGUGCGCAAGACGGCAGCCGUCUGCGUGGCGAAGCUCCACGACAUCAACGCCCAGCUGGUGGAGGACCAGGGCUUCCUGGACACCCUUAAGGACCUCAUCUCGGACUCCAACCCCAUGGUAGUGGCCAAUGCAGUAGCAGCUCUGUCGGAAAUAGCGGAGUCUCACCCAAGCAGUAACCUCCUGGACCUCAACCCCCAGUCCAUCAACAAGCUGCUCACGGCCUUGAACGAGUGCACGGAGUGGGGCCAGAUCUUCAUCCUGGACUGCCUGGCCAACUACAUGCCCAAGGAUGAUCGGGAGGCCCAGAGCAUUUGCGAGCGGGUGACGCCCCGCCUGUCACACGCCAACUCGGCGGUGGUGCUCUCGGCGGUGAAGGUGCUGAUGAAGUUCAUGGAGAUGCUGUCCAAGGACCUGGAUUAUUACGGCACGCUGCUGAAGAAGCUGGCCCCGCCGCUGGUCACCCUGCUCUCCGCCGAGCCCGAGCUGCAGUACGUGGCUCUCCGCAACAUCAACCUCAUCGUGCAGAAGAGGCCCGAGAUCCUGAAGCACGAGAUGAAGGUGUUCUUUGUGAAGUACAACGACCCCAUCUAUGUCAAACUGGAGAAGCUGGACAUCAUGAUCCGCCUGGCUUCCCAGGCCAACAUCGCUCAGGUGCUGGCAGAGCUGAAGGAAUACGCCACGGAGGUGGACGUGGACUUUGUGAGGAAGGCAGUUCGAGCCAUCGGGCGCUGUGCCAUCAAGGUGGAGCAAUCGGCCGAGCGCUGUGUCAGCACCCUGCUGGACCUCAUCCAGACCAAAGUCAACUACGUGGUGCAGGAGGCCAUCGUCGUCAUCAAGGACAUCUUCCGCAAGUACCCCAACAAGUAUGAGAGUGUCAUCGCCACCCUCUGUGAGAACCUGGACUCCCUGGAUGAGCCCGAGGCCCGGGCUGCCAUGAUCUGGAUCGUGGGAGAGUACGCCGAGCGGAUCGACAACGCCGACGAGCUGCUGGAGAGCUUCCUGGAGGGAUUCCACGAUGAGAGCACCCAGGUCCAGCUGCAGCUGCUGACAGCCAUCGUGAAGCUCUUCCUGAAGAAGCCCACGGAGACGCAGGAGCUGGUGCAGCAGGUUCUGAGCUUGGCCACGCAGGACUCCGACAACCCCGACCUGCGGGACCGUGGCUACAUCUACUGGCGCCUGCUCUCCACCGACCCCGUGGCCGCCAAGGAGGUGGUGCUGGCCGAGAAGCCCCUCAUCUCCGAGGAGACGGACCUGAUCGAGCCCACGCUCCUGGACGAGCUCAUCUGCUACAUCGGGACGCUGGCCUCUGUCUACCACAAACCCCCCAGCGCCUUCGUGGAGGGGAGCAGGGGGGUCGUGCACAAGAGUUUGCCCCCGCGGACGGGCUCGAGCGAGAGCGCCGAGAGCCCGGAUGCAGCCCCCUCAGGGGUGCAGGCAGCGGAGCAGCCGGCCGUCAUCCCCACUCAGGGCGACCUGCUGGGUGACCUGCUGAACCUGGACCUGGGUCCCCCGGUGAGCGGGCCUCCCAUCGCCACCUCCUCCGUGCAGAUGGGCGCCGUGGACCUCCUCGGGGGUGGCUUGGACAGCCUGAUGGGGGACGAGUCGGAAGGGCUGCGAAGUGAUGUGGGAGGCAGCCCUGCUAUGGGUGGUGGCGGCAGCGGCGGCGGCUUCACACCAGCACCCAGCACCACGAUGCCAGCAAACAUGGGGGCACCCCUGGGCAGUGGCUUGGGAGACCUCUUUGACCUCACCGGUGGGGUGGGGACCCUGUCAGGAUCCUACGUGGCACCCAAAACGGUCUGGCUCCCUGCCAUGAAGGCCAAGGGGCUGGAGAUCUCUGGCACCUUCAGCCGGCAGGUGGGCUCCAUCUCCAUGGACCUUGUGCUAACGAACAAGGCUCUGCAGGUCAUGUCUGACUUUGCCAUCCAGUUCAACCGCAACAGCUUUGGCCUGGCCCCAGCAGCUCCUCUCCAGGUCCACGCGCCUCUCGCCCCCAACCAGUCCGUGGAGAUCUCCCUUCCACUGAACACCGUCGGCUCCGUCAUGAAGAUGGACCCCUUGAACAACCUCCAGGUCGCUGUGAAAAACAACAUCGACGUCUUCUACUUCAGCACCCUGUACCCGCUGCACAUCCUCUUCGUGGAGGACGGGAAGAUGGAGCGGCAGAUGUUCCUGGCCACUUGGAAGGACAUUCCCAACGAGAACGAAGCCCAGUUCCAGAUCAAAGACUGUUCUCUCAACGCAGAUGCCGUUAGCAGCAAGCUCCAAGGCAGCAACAUCUUCACCAUUGCCAAGAGGAACGUGGAGGGGCAGGACAUGCUCUACCAGUCCCUGAAGCUCACCAACGGCAUCUGGGUGCUGGCAGAGCUCAGGAUCCAGCCCAGCAAUCCCAGUUUCACGGAUUUGGAGUUGUCCCUGAAAUGCCGAGCGCCCGAGGUGUCCCAGUACGUCUACCAAGCCUACGAAACCAUCCUGAAGAACUAAGGUGCUGCUGCAGCCCCUCCUCCUCCUCCUCCUCCUCCUCCUCUUCCUCUCCUCUCUUUCCUGCCCGAGGAAGCGGGGCAGGAUCUGUGCAUGUCUCCUCUCCUUCCUCCCGAGGAACCGGCCCCUGGGAAUCUCCCUCCAGCCCCCCCAAAAAAUGGAGCUGGUGCUCCCACCGGGGCUGGGGCGAGGGGAGGGGGACAGGGGUGUCCUGGCCAGUCCCCCUAGAAACCCCUGUGUGAGUGAUGCGGUGUCCUCCUCCCUCAUGUUGCCCCGUCAAGAGCCCUGGGUCACCCUCUGGCUGCUUUUUCUUAUUGGGGGAGAGGGGGGGCUGUUCUCCUCCUUUCCCCCCUGCAAAAAUCAUCCCAUUCCCACUGGGGUCUCGUGUCUGCCCAUGGUGGUGUUUGGGGAAGAGUUGGGCAUUCCUUGGGUCAGGAAUAGCACCCUGGGGCUCACUCUGGAGCCUUUUUGGGGCCCCAAGUGCUGGGGGGACCCCCCCACCCCGGGGCUCAGGGCUCUGUGCACCCCUGGGAGCAAGUGAGAAAUGGAUUCGGCUUCUUCCCUGGUUUUGUCCCCCUCGUUGGGGGGAGCUGUGGGUGCCCCCCUCCCCUGCCCUUUGGUUGGAAAGGGACCAGAAGGGGCUCCAACAUCUCAACUUUGAGGUGCAGUUAAAAAAAAAGGGCUUUUCCAGCCCCCGGGGUGGAGCUGGGAGGGCUCUGAGCAUCCAUUCCUGCCCCACUGCCCAGCCCCACGGCUCCCUCCCCUCCCCGCUGUCACCCACGGGUGCCGGAGGGGACGUGCUGCCUUCCCCUGCGGUGACACUACUCCUUCCCCUCCCCUCCCACCCCCCCAAAUAAAGCCAUGGGUCCCCCCGAACUAGAAGCGUUCAGUGCAGGAAAUACCUAAUAUAUAAAAUAUAAAUAUAUUGUAUGUUCACUUUGUUUUAAGCCAAGGUUGAAUAAAGGUGACAUCUGCCCUCGGAGCCCCUCCUGGGGACAGAACCCCC